GAUGUGACUACAGCCUCUCUGUCGCGUGCCUCAUCGGCCCUUUAAUCGGUCCGCCGUUUGUUUGUGUCCCUCCUGCCUUUUACCGUCGAAAUGGAGCUCGGUGGAAAUUAGCAGGCGUGUACCCCUUCGAGUCCUCACCCUUCCCGUUGGAGAAUGAUCCACCGGCAGGUUAUUUUAUCCCAGGUUUUGGUCUGCUUUGGGUUGACUGGUCAUUAUGCUGAUGCAGCUCUGUAGUAUCAAGAACUUGUACCAGAAUCGGUUCCUGGGGCUGGCGGCCAUGGCCUCCCCGACCCGCAGCAGCCAGACCCGCCAGCGCUGCAAGGAUGCGGUUCGUCACAGCUACGGCCCGGACACCUACACCGUCAAUGGUCUGAACCAGGAGGCCUUCAUGCUGGGGCUGUCGCGCUCCACCAGCGACACCGAUCUGGUCUCCCCGGACGCUCGCUCCACCCUCACCAUCAGCUCCUCCCACUACACUAUAGGUCAGUCUGAAGACCUAGUGAUCACAUGGGACAUCAAGGAGGAGGUGGAUGCUGGAGACUGGAUUGGCAUGUACCUUAUUGAUGAGGCUUUGUCUGAGAACUUUCUGGACUACAAGAACCGAGGCAUCAAUGGAUCUCACAAAGGACAGAUCGUUUGGAAAAUUGACUCCAGCGCAAACUUCAGUGACUCUGAGACGCAGGUCUGCUUCAGGUACUACCACGGUGUCACCGGAGCGCUGAGGGCAACCACACCCAGCAUAACUAUAAAGAAAGGCCCUGCACCUGUAUUAAAGCCAGUGGUUAGUCCUGAAGUCAACCAUGGACUGGGCAACAGGAGACUCAUUAACUUUUCCCUGUCAGACCUCCAGGCAGUUGGUUUGAAGAAGGGGAUGUUCUUCAACCCUGACCCCUACCUGAAGCUUUCCAUCCAGCCUGGAAAGCACAGCAUCUUCCCCUCGCUGCCACACCACGGCCAGGAGAAGCGCUCCGGAGUGGUCUGCAACACAGUCAACCCACAGUGGAGCACCGAGAGGUUCAACUUCGUGUCUCUCCCCACGGACGUCCUGGAGAUCGAGGUGAAGGAUAAGUUUGCCAAGAGUCGGCCGAUCAUCAAGCGUUUCCUGGGGAAGCUCUCUGUCCCUGUCCAGAGGCUGCUGGAAAAACACGCCAUUGGGGAUCGGGUGGUGAGUUAUUCGCUGGGCCGCAGGUUGCCAACAGAUCAUGUCUGCGGCCAGCUGCAAUUUCGCUUUGAGCUGACCUCUUCUAUUCACCCAGAUGAUGAGGAGAUCUCCCUGGUCAUAGAGUCAGCCUGUCCUGAGGGGGGAAAUGCCGCAAACGACAACCAUGUUGAUGAAGACACACUAAGUGUGGGACCUGACAUGCCUGACCUCCCCCUGGAUGUCCCUCCUGACCCUGAGACCUCUGUGCCCUCAGCCUCCACAGCGGAAGCAUCCACACCUGAGGAGGUCCAUCCUGCUGAGACAGAGGAGGCUGAGGUGACACCAGAGGUGGAGCAAGAAACUGUGGAGGAGGAGAGCACAGUGAAGGAGGAGCCCCCGUCUGUGGAGCCACAGGUUGAGCAGGAGGAGGGGGCCUCGGCUGAGCAGCAGGAGGGGAGCAGUGGAGAGGUGGGAGAGGAGGGAGGAGAGGAGAGGCAGCAGGAUGAAGGAGAGGGGGAACAGAGAGCAGAGUCUGCACCACCAGCUGAGGAGGAGACAGCAGAAGAAAAGGAGGAUGGGGAGGAAACACAGCCAAAGCCAGACUCUGACAAUCCUGUAGCAGUAACAGUAAACAGUGGGGCUGCUACCAUGGAGGCCCCCACAGAGGGAGACACCACGUCCCAGGAGGCCCCUGUGGAACCAGCUGAAGGGGCCCCACAGGAGGUGACACAGGGAGAGGAAAGAAACUGCGUCCCCUGCACCUGCCCAUCCAUCUUCUCAAAUUACAACUCCCACGCUCCCUCGCGCCGCAAAAACCGCCCCUGCUCCCUUCCCGUGUCAGAGCUGGAGACGGUGAUCGCGUCGGCCUGCGGUGAACCGGAGACGCCUCGGUCCCACUACAUCCGGAUCCACCACCUCCUCCACUGCCUCCCCUCGGCCCAGCACAGAGCUCCCAGCCAGGAGGACGAGGAGGAGACAGGGGAGGGAGAGAACACAAGCACCACACAAGAUACCAACUCCACUUCACCAACGCUUAAAUCCUCGAAAGAUCAGGACGUGCAGGAGGACGAGGACGAGGAGGAUACAACCCAGUCCCCCUCUCAGGUCCCAGAGUGUCCAGGCCCCUGCUGCCGUCGCUCCCUACCCCGCAGCCUCUCCAUUGAGCGCCUCUCUGAGCUGAACCAGCUCCUGGAGGGAGAGGGAGGAGGAGGAGGACACACAGUGGUCAGGAGGAUCUCUCCGUCCUGCCUGGAGAGCGAGGAGGGGGAUUCCAGUAACGGAGGAGGGAGAAGAGUCGGCGGGAGCACCCACAGACAUCCCGGUGACAACGAGUGCGAGUUCUGCGACACCUCCUGCUACAGCACUUCCUGCUACAGCACUUCCUGUUACAGCACGUCAUGCUACAGCAACUCCGGCUACGAGGGGAGGAGCCGCUUCUGCAGCCACACACGCCUCUCCUCGGUGGACAGCAACAGGCUCUCCGGCAGCACUGUGUUCUCCUCGCAGGACGAAGAUGAAGAUGAGGAGAGCGCCUUCGAGUCGGUGCCUGACGCCGGCCACACGCCAGAGGGCCAGGAGGUGGGCGGGGCAGGAGGAGAGAGGAGGACGGGGAGAUGGAAGGAGGCCAGGAGAGGAGAGCAGGGGGAACCAGCUGUAGCGGGGCCCAGCGAUAGAAACAACAUCGGCUCAGGCUUCUCCCCUCCUGUUGGCAAUCUUCCAGUCCUGCGACCCAGCCAUGACCUAAACCAUUCUCCUGCUGCCACUGACCAAGCCUUACCUCCAAACUGGGAGGCUCGCAUCGACAGCCACGGCAGAGUUUUCUAUGUGGACCACGUCAACCGGACCACGACCUGGCAGAGACCGAACCACGGGGGCAAGUGUAACCACGGCAUCCCCCGCUCAGGAUCCACACAGCAGAUGGAACAACUCAACAGAAGGUACCAGAACAUCCAGAGGACCAUGGCCACAGAGGAGGACGGAGGGAGCCCCAGGUUGGAGCGGAGCAGCAGCACAGAGACCGAUCCUGAUUCUGCCCCGCCAGGCCCCGCCUCUCCUGUCAAUCACCAGAAGGUCAGCAAUCUCCUUCAGUCACCUGCCGUCAAGUUCAUCACACACCCAGAGUUCUUCACUGUGUUGCACAGUAACUACGCAGCCUACCGGAUGUUCACCAGCAGCAGUUGUGUGAAACACAUGAUCCUGAAGGUGCGUCGCGAUGCCAGGAACUUUGAGCGUUACCAACAUAAUCGGGACCUGGUGGUUUUCCUCAACAAGUUCACAGACACUCAGCUAGAGCUGCCGAGAGGCUGGGAGAUCAAGACCGACCCCCAGGGCAAGUCCUUCUUUGUGGACCACAACAGUCGAGCCACCACCUUCAUCGACCCUCGCAUUCCUCUGCAGAAUGGCCGGCUGCCCGGCCACCUCGCCCACAGACAACAUCUGCAGAGACUACGCAGCUACAGCGCUGGAGAGGCCUCUGAUGUGUCCAGGAGUCGGGGGGCGUCUCUGAUGGCCCGGCCUGGAAACAGCCUGGUAGCCGCCAUACGAAGCCAGCACAACAACUCACAGCUGACCGCUCCAUCGUACAAUGACAAGAUCGUGGCGUUCCUCCGACAGCCGAACAUAUUUGACAUGUUGCAGGAGCGACAGCCCAGCCUUAGCAGAAACCAUGCACUGAGGGAGAAGAUCCACUAUAUUCGGACAGAAGGAACUCAGGGGGUGGAGAAGUUGUCAUGUGAUGCAGACCUCGUCAUCCUGUUAAGCUUAUUUGAAGAGGAGAUCAUGUCUUAUGUUCCGCCUCACCCCAUCCACCCCGGCUUCAGCUUCUCUCCUCGCUGUUCCCCCGCCUCCUCACCGCAGAACUCUCCUGGCCUGCAGAGAGCCAGAGCUCCAGCUCCUUACCGCAGAGACUUUGAAGCCAAACUAAGAAACUUCUACAGGAAAUUAGAAGCCAAGGGCUACGGGCAGGGACCUGGAAAGAUCAAGUUGCUGAUCAGGAGAGAACACUUGCUGGAGGGAACCUUCAACCAGGUGAUGGCGUACUCCCGCAAAGAGCUGCAGAGGAACAAACUCUACGUCACUUUCCUGGGAGAGGAGGGAUUGGACUACAGUGGUCCAUCCAGAGAGUUCUUCUUCCUCUUGUCUCAGGAGCUGUUUAAUCCGUACUACGGCCUGUUUGAAUACUCUGCCAACGAUACAUACACCGUUCAAAUCAGCCCCAUGUCAGCGUUUGUUGAGAACCAUCUGGAAUGGUUCCGUUUCAGUGGUCGUAUCCUGGGCCUGGCUCUGAUCCAUCAGUACCUGCUGGAUGCUUUCUUCACCAGACCCUUCUACAAGGCACUGCUCAGACUGCCGACUGACCUGUCUGACCUGGAGUAUCUGGACGAGGAGUUCCACCAGUCUCUGCAGUGGAUGAAAGACAACGACAUCACUGACAUCCUGGACCUCACCUUCACCGUCAAUGAGGAGGUCUUUGGCCAGGUGACAGAGCGGGAGCUGAAGUCGGGCGGCGCCAACCUCCAGGUGACUGAGAAGAACAAGAAGGAUUAUAUCGAGCGAAUGGCCAAGUGGAGGGUGGAGAGAGGAGUGGUGCAGCAGACAGAGGCGCUGGUUAGAGGCUUCUAUGAGGUGGUCGACUCCAGGCUGGUGUCUGUGUUUGACGCGCGGGAGCUGGAGCUAGUUAUCGCUGGUACAGUUGAGAUCGACCUCAGUGACUGGAGGACCAACACUGAGUACAGAGGAGGUUACCAUGAUGGUCACAUAGUGAUGCGGUGGUUCUGGGCUGCCGUGGAGCGCUUCAACAACGAGCAGCGUCUCCGCCUGCUGCAGUUUGUCACCGGGACGUCCAGCGUGCCCUACGAAGGCUUCGCCGCACUGCGGGGAUCCAACGGACUGCGACGAUUCUGCAUCGAGAAGUGGGGCAAAGUUACAUCACUACCCAGGGCUCACACCUGUUUUAACCGUCUGGACCUGCCUCCGUACCCUUCAUACACCAUGCUGUAUGAGAAACUGCUGAUCGCGGUGGAGGAAACCAGCACGUUCGGCCUGGAGUGAGACAGACGAGACAGACAAAUCAACACUGCGUCCCUCUCCAUGUGACACUGAGUGGGUUAAAAUGCGGGGGGGAACAAAGCAGCUCCUGUGGGCUUAACUCGUCGUAAAGAUACCUGGAUUGUACUCGACAAAGUUUUUGGUCAUGUGGAUGUACGUCACUGUUACGGUACUGUGUGUUAGAGUCUCUCACCUAGCUACGAGGAUCUUUAUGACUGCACCCAGCACUUCGUACACCACAGCAGGACUAUGGUUAUUUUUGUUGUAAUCAUAAAGACUGGAGAACAAGUAACACUACAACAGAUAUAUAGAUCAAUCAGAGUUGCACGUACCAAAAUGAUCAUCCAUCCGAUGAUGAAAAAAUACAGUUAUAGAAGAUUCUGAAAACAAGGCCUUUACGUAAAGUUUAACACAUUAUUAUGAUCGCUAAAUACUUGAGAUCUUGUUGGAAUUUAUCUUUAAAUUUAUGCUUACACCUGGGUUGAAACUUUGAAGUCACAGAAAGGAUUUUAAUGACAAGAGUGAGGCAUGAUAAAACCUACAGUGUGCUCAUAUACUGUAAAGACGAAGAAUCAAGUCAGACAGAAAGCUAAGAGAAAUAUAGACAGAGACUACGACUGCACAAAUAAUGCAAACAGUGCACAUACACGACAAAGCUUCAGGUUUGCCUAAAUGAAAAUUGUUCAGUUCAGAUGAAUCUAUAAAUACGGCUUUAACAAAGUUAAAGGUUGCAGAUUUUAAAAAGCUCCUCAGAUGGUCGCAAACUCUGUUAGCCCCAGUGCCAAAGGUACAAUCAUGACUGGUUUCUAAUCUGGAGAGCCUACUUCAUUGUGAUCAUUAGGUAUUUUACCUCCAGUAGGAACCUGCCUGAGGAUCUGAGACUGGGAUCUGGUACAUAAAUAAUUAAAGAAAUGCAAUGUAGCUUUGUGCCAGACACCAGCCAUUUAAAGGCUUCAGGGGCGAUCAGUUGAACCUUACAAUCACAUCUAAAACUGUAACUAAUGUAAA